AUGCCAGGAACCGACUAUGAACUAGCUGAGGAUGAGCGACAACUGUUGGAUACAUUCAAUAGUGAACGCAACAGACUGAGAAGCGUUCUAUUCAAUUCAACUUACGAAUCAGGAUAUGGAAACAUUACUGGUCUUCGAAUGAGUUAUAAAGAUGCAAUGGAUAACCGAAACUUGUCGCUAUACCCAUUCCCUGAUAAGGACUAUGAUCAUUUUCAAGAAACUGAAGAGUAUUCAAUUUUGCCAAACUAUGUCAGUGCGCUUGCUAAUGAUGUGUGGUAUACAAAUAGCCACAACAAGCAUGGCCAAUCCUUAUUUAUGAAAAACUUAACAGGAUCAUUCAGAGGUAAAUUCAAAACCUCUGCACUAAAUUUUUCCAAAAUUCCAAUGCCAGUUCCCGAAUAUUUGUCACCAUAUGUGUAUGAAAAUCCAUUUGAUAGAAGUCGUAAUAAUUAUGAGGAUGACGAAGACGAAAAUAGCAAUUUUGCUAAUGCUCAAAAUGGUGCCGAGGAAGCCAAUUCGGUUGCUGAUGGUACAGGCUUUUCUGAGGAUUCAGCUUCGGAUUCAUUUUACGAUAAUGGAUCGAGAUACAAUACCUUGUCAGAUAAUAGAGCUUAUGUAUCCCAAAGAAUAGGCAAUGUCAGCAAUAUAGAAGUUGGUGACUUUUAUAUUGAAGUGACAACCCAAAGAAAUGGAGAGGAUAAUCUUACAAAUUCAAACAUUUUUCCAGUCAUUAUAAACAUGCAAUUGACUGACACUGACCAAACUGAAGUACAUCCUAUCUCCAUGAGCGGAAUGUAUUUUCUUGAUAAUGGUAACAUAUUUGCCACCACUAGAUCAGCCAAGUUUGAAAGUUACUACGCGUUACCUCACUUGUUGCUCAAUGAGAAUAAUUUUGAAGCGGUGAAAUCAUAUAUGGUGGAAAAGUUUCAGUAUCAUGAAUCUCUUGAAUCCCUGAGCGUGCACAAGAAUUUAACAUUUGAUGUUUUGAGAGAAGAUGCUAGAGAAACUUUGAAAUGUGAAUUUGUGAGCUACUUGAAUUUCAACCCGGUGAAUUUAACAAAAGAAGAAUUAGAAAUGAUUGAUGAUGAGAUUCUUGAUCCGAUAGGUCGCCCAACAGCUGAGAUUCCUAAAUUUGUAAUUAAUCAAGGGCUUUUUUAUUCACCAGACUGUGGGAUUUUAUUUGAAAUCAACAAUUUGGAAGGUAGAAGCCAUUAUUCUCAAAUCUCUCGGAUUAGGAAGGUAGUGAUUGGAGUCAUGAUUUUGGUUUCAUUGCAACUAUAUUUAUUAAUUCGUCAAAUGAAUUUGACCAAUACCCCUCCUAGAAUUUCUAGAAUAUCUUACCACACCUUAUCAAUUAUGAACUUGAUAGAUGGGACUCUCACAAUGAUAUUGCUUAUAUCUACGGUAAUUGUCUUUGAUUUGUAUAUUUCCUUGGCAAUCGCCGCAUUGAUUACAUUCACGCUUUCAUCAAUAUUUGAGCUCCGGUACAUGGUUGGUAUAUACAUGCUACAGAUGAAUGAGCAAAAUGUUGAUUUAUGGACGAUUUUAAGAGGCAAUCCAACUGAUGAUUCAAGCAAUAAUGAAAGCAGUAGCAAUAACGGUGAUGUAUUACCUACCAGUACAGGAGGAUUCCAGACCCAGGCCGGUAAUUUGAAUACAAAUACUACUACUACCACAAACUUUGAGGAUGAGCGCACGGUUUCAUCGAAUUUAUACUCCAGGUUUUUCUUUUCCCUAAUUUUCUGUUCAUUUUUGGUUGUUAAUGUUUCAACUUGGGGUAGAGCUCCUAGAUUCUUCACCGAAAAGUUGAUACUUGUGUUUAUCAAUUCUUAUUGGUACCCACAAAUUGUGCGAAAUGUCAUUCGUGGCUCUAGAACUUCGUUCAGUUGGGAGUUUAUAAUUGGGACCUCAAUUGUUCGAUUACUUCCAAUUUAUUAUGUUCUUGGUUAUUCCAAUAAUGUGUUCCAUCACCACACAGAUUACAAUUUCUUAAUUGGCCUUACAAUAUUCAAGUUAAUUUCCAUCGCCGCACUUUACAUCCAGGAGAAGUUCGGUCCUAGGGUAUUAAUUCCAAAACGGUACUUGCCAAAUAUUUAUAACUACCAUCCAACUCUUUCACUCGCUGAUUUAGAAAAUGGGUUUGGUAUUGAUUUGCUCAACUCAAAACAUAAGACGGUUGUCUCAUCAAACGGGGAUCACACACAUAAAGAAAUAUUUAAAAUGGACUGUGCCAUUUGUAUGACAGAUGUGGAUAUUCCAGUGACCACGAAAAACGAAGGUUUCACAGAUGGUCACGAUAGUGUCGCAGAGGAUGACAGGUUGUUGAAUGGAACUGAUACGAAGCUAGUAGUAGCUGAUGAUUUUAUGAUCACACCAUGUCAUCAUAUUUUCCAUAAUGAUUGUCUUGAAAACUGGAUGAGAUAUAAAUUGAAGUGUCCAGUGUGUAGAAACCCCUUGCCUCCAAUAUGA